CAAAACACAUCUAGAGCGUCUACAUCAAGGGUCGGCAACUGGUGGACCGUGGUCCAGGUUCGGACCGCGGAAGAAGUAUCCGGAGCCCACCUAAAAUUACUUGCCGACCCCUGGUCUAGAUGUUAAUACCGAACUUGCCUAUUGUCGUUUGUUUAUGUUUAACCUAGACAAGGUUAGGGUUUCUAGUGGUGGUUUAGGCAAAAGUUUUUAUUGUUUAAUAGUUUGGAGUAAAGCAAAAUGGCAAGUGAAAUUCGCGAAUUGGAAAUGGUAAUGAGUCUACAAAAUGAGGUGAAAAAAAUAAAGUACAUUAUAGCUGAAAAAAAUAAAGAUAUACAAAAGAAAAACAACGAAAAAGAAGAAUUAAUAGGAAAAAACAACGAAUUACAUUUGCAAAUAAAGGAACAUACCAAUGAAAUAAAAAAAUUGCAAGACACUUUUAACCAAGCGAAAGCAAAGGAACAAGAAUAUUCUAAAACAAUAUCAAAUGACAACGUAUAUUUGAAAGAUGUAGAAGGACUUUCUCAUAGAGAAGGCUUAGAUUUGGAAAGAAGAAUUAAAGUGGCUCAAGAGAAAAAAAAUAAAUUAGGCAGAACAGUAAAUACAAAAGCUCAGAGUAUGUUCGAACAUGAAGAGAAACAGUUUAAUGAAUUGCGAAAGAAGCAAAAGAUUGUAGAAAAUGAUAAAAAGAAAAUAUUAGCCACUAUGGCACAGUUAGAUCAAAAAAAGAAGAAUUCUUUAAAGUUAGCAUAUGAGCAGGUAUCUAAAGAUUUUGGCUCAAUCUUCAGUACUUUGCUGCCAGGCGCAAAUGCAAAAUUAAUCCCACCUCCUGGAAAAACAAUUUUGGAAGGAUUAGAGGUUAAAGUAUCACUAGGUGGAGUAUGGAAAGAUAGUUUAACAGAACUGAGUGGUGGACAAAGAUCUUUAGCAGCAUUGUCGCUUAUAUUAGCUAUGUUACUUUUCAAGCCAGCACCAUUAUAUAUUUUAGAUGAAGUUGAUGCAGCUUUAGAUUUAUCACAUACACAAAAUAUUGGUAAUAUGUUACGAAGCCACUUCAAGAAAUCCCAGUUCAUCAUAGUGUCUCUUAAAGAUGGAAUGUUUAAUAAUGCCAAUGUAUUGUUCAGGACAAAGUUUGUUGAUGGAGUUUCUGCUAUUUCAAGAACAAUUAACAAAGCCCAUUAAUAUGUUAGUAUAAAUAAUUGUAAUUUUUUUUUAAUAAACUUUUUAUACAUUUAA